AUGUUUCCUAAAAUUAUUCACUUCUUUUGCCUCUUGCUUUCUCCCCUCAUUCUUCACUCUACGUUAUCAUCGUCCAUUUCUUCACGUGUGUAUAUAGUGUACUUGGGGCACAACCAUUUGAAUGACGAUGCAACUUUGACCUCCAAAUACCAUCUUCGUCUACUCUCAAAAGUGUUUGCAAGUGAAGAAGAUGGUAAAAGAGCCAUGUUGUAUAGCUACAAGAAAAGUUUUUCAGGGUUUUCAGCAAAGCUUAAUGCAAGCCAAGCAAUUGCAUUAUCAAAGAUGGAAGACGUGAUAUCUGUGUUUGAGAGUAGAACAAUGAAACUCCAUACAACAAGAAGUUGGGAUUUCUUGGGACUUCCCAUUCCCUCCUAUACUAAUAAUAGGAGUACAUUAUUUCCGCUUCGUCUUCCUAGCUAUGGCGAUCAUGAUGUUGUUGUUGGCAUAUUUGAUUCAGGUGUGUGGCCGGAAUCGAAAAGUUUUGACGAAAAUGAAGGAAUAGGGAGAAUUCCAUGCAAUUGGAAAGGAAAAUGUGUUAAAGGGUACAGAUUCAAUCCAGCAUCAGCUUGCAAUCGCAAGCUAAUCGGUGCUCGGUAUUACCUUAAUGGCUUUGAAGCCCAAUAUGGAGCACUAAACACCACUGCCGACAACCCCGAGUUUCGAUCCCCUCGAGACUUCUUAGGUCAUGGGACUCACACUGCUUCCACCGCGGUGGGUGCCGUUGUGCACAAUGUUGCCUUCCCUACAUCUUCAUUGCUAGCCAAAGGGACUGCUCGAGGGGGUGCUCCCUGGGCCAGGCUGGCAGUGUACAAGGUGUGUUGGGGGAAGAACUAUGAAGGUAAGUGCACCGAUGCGGAUGUCAUGGCCGCUUUUGACGAUGCUUUGCACGACGGGGUGGACGUGAUCUCUGCAUCUUUUGGAGAGACGCCACCGUUGACUCCGUUGUUCGAGUCAGCUUCUGCUAUUGGUUCAUUCCAUGCGAUGCAGCGGGGAGUGAGUGUGGUGUUCUCAGCCGGGAAUGAUGGACCCCAUCCUUCCCUUGUUCAAAAUGUGUCUCCUUGGAGUAUUUGUGUAGCUGCUUCUACUAUGGAUCGUACCUUCCCCACUCCAAUAUUUAUCCUCAACCACUUCUCCAUCAUGGGGGAGAGCUUGAUCACAACAAAUAUAAUAAACGUAAAGUUGGCAGAUGCAAUCAACUAUUUCAAUGAUGGAAUUUGCGAGAGAAAAAAUAUAAGAAAAGGUGGAAAAUCAGGUAAAGGGAAAGUGGUGGUAUGUUUCUCCACAGUUGGUCAAGUUUCCAUAGCAACUGCUCAAGAAGCACUGAAAGCCAUAAAUGCAUCAGCUUUGAUAUUUGGUGCACCUCCCACUACUGAGCUCCCAGAUUUAGAUCUAAUCCCCACCGUUCGUAUUGACAUUGAUCAAGCUACUCAAAUUCGAAACCUCCUUGCUGAAUUACCCAGACUGCCUAUGGUCGAGAUCGGAGUUGCGAGAAGUGUGAUCGGGAAAUCUGUAGCUCCUACUGUGGCUUACUUUUCGUCUAGAGGACCAAGCUCUAUUUUACCUGACAUUCUCAAGCCAGAUAUAAGUGCACCAGGAGUGAACAUAUUGGCAGCAUGGCCUCCAGAAACAGCACCAACGGUGAGGCCAAGUGGAAAGUUUAAUGAAGAAGAAGAAGGUGUAAAAUGGAAUUUCCAAUCAGGAACCUCAAUGUCAUGUCCACACAUUUCUGGGGUUGUUGCUCUUAUCAAAUCUGUCCAUCCCAAUUGGUCUCCUGCAGCGAUUAGAUCUGCCAUUAUCACCACAGCCACAAAGGUAGACACGAGUGGGAAUACCAUCCUAGCAGGCGGAUCCAUGAAAGCAUCAGACCCAUUCGACAUUGGUGCAGGCCAAGUCAAUCCCAUAAUGGCAAUAAAUCCAGGACUUAUCUAUGACAUAACAACAAAUGAUUACAUUACUUUCCUAUGCAAUAUUGGCUACACUGACCAACAAAUCAACAAUUUAAUUCUCAACCCUUCUCCUCAUUUUUGUUGUCGUCAGUCCACUGCUACCAUUGCAAACUUUAAUUAUCCGUCAAUUACACUCGCCAAUCUUCGCUCCACCACCACAAUUAGAAGAAUUGUCCGCAAUGUAUCACUCAACAAGAACGCUAUUUACUUUCUUAGGGUUCUUCCUCCCUAUGGAGUUCGAGUACAGGUUUGGCCAAGGGUUCUCUUUUUCUCUUGCUUUAGGCAACAAAUUUCAUACUAUGUUACUAUAACUCCGCUUAGGAAAUCUCGAGGAAGAUAUGGUUUUGGGGAGAUUCAAUGGUUUAAUCGCUUCCAUACUGUUACAAGUCCUCUCGUUGUACGUCUUGCUACUUACCUUGUACAUACCAAUUAG